AUGAUUUCACUAAUUAUCAAUCCUUGCAGAUCAUCAAGUGUUGUUAGACACACUUCACAAUUGAUUUUAAAAUCAUCAUUACUGACAAUUACCAAUCAUAAUAAACAUCUUCUUCACUUUCAACAACCCUUAUCUGGAAUUUCAAAAAUCAUCACUCGACACAAUACCACUUCAACAUCAGCAUCAUUGCCAAAUCCAAUAGAUAAAGAAUUAUUACUUCAAUUCACUUGUAAUAUUUGUAAUAAUCGUUCUAGUCAUAAUAUAUCUAAACAAGCUUAUGAUCAUGGUACAGUUGUUGUACAAUGUCCAUCAUGUAAAUCUCGUCAUUUAAUAUCGGAUAAUUUAGGAUUUAUGGAAUAUAAUAAAAAAUUCAAUUUAGCUGAUUAUUUAAAACAGCAUCAUGGUCAAUCUAUUGAAACUGAUCCUAAUAAUACUGUUUUACAAUUUAAUGAUAUUCCUGAAUCUUUGAAACAAAAAUUGAAAGCUACCACCGAAGAUGGUGAUUCAUCAACAAUUGAAGAAUUAGAUUUACCUGAACCAAAAGAUAAGAAAUAA